GUCUCCAACAUAACACAAAACUUGUAAACAUGAAAAAUCAUCUUUUGUUCUUAUGCAUUUUCUUUUCAUUUUUUAUUCUUCCAAUUACUAGUCAAAAACAUGCAUGUGACAAAGGCUCUCCUAAAACUAGCAACUUUCCAUUUUGCAACACUUCACUAUCUUAUGAAACCAGAGCCAAGGACUUAGUGUCACGCUUAACACUUCAAGAAAAAGCACAACAGCUGGUAAACCCUUCUACCGGCAUAUCAAGGCUUGGUGUUCCUGCUUAUGAAUGGUGGUCAGAGGCACUUCAUGGUGUCUCUAAUGUAGGACCAGGGACGCGUUUCGAUAGCAGGGUACCCGGUGCUACUAGCUUUCCAGCAGUGAUACUAUCAGCUGCUAGUUUUAAUGAAACAUUAUGGUACACAAUGGGACAAGUUGUGUCAAAUGAAGCUAGAGCUAUGUACAAUGUGGAUCUGGCUGGUUUGACAUUUUGGAGCCCUAAUGUGAAUGUUUUUCGCGAUCCGAGGUGGGGGCGUGGACAAGAAACUCCAGGGGAAGAUCCUUUGGUUGUUUCUAGAUAUGCUGUAAAUUAUGUCCGUGGACUACAAGAAGUUGGUGAUGAAGCAAGUGCUAAAGGUGAUAGGCUUAAGGUUUCUAGCUGUUGUAAGCAUUAUACUGCUUAUGAUGUUGAUAAUUGGAAAGGCGUUGAUCGGUUCCAUUUUGAUGCUAAGGUGACAAAGCAAGACUUGGAGGAUACUUAUCAGCCUCCAUUUAAGAGCUGUGUGUUGGAGGGACAUGUUAGCAGUGUCAUGUGCUCCUAUAAUAGGGUGAAUGGAAUUCCUACAUGUGCCGAUCCAGACCUUCUCCAAGGAGUAAUCAGAGGCCAGUGGGGUCUAGAUGGAUAUAUUGUUUCAGACUGUGAUUCAGUGGAAGUUUAUUACAACUCAAUUCAUUACACAAAAACUCCUGAAGAUGCAGUGGCUCUUGCACUGAAAGCAGGUUUAAACAUGAACUGCGGUGACUUUCUUAAAAAAUACACUGCAAAUGCUGUAAACUUGAAGAAAGUAGACGUAUCUAUUGUAGACCAAGCCUUGGUGUACAACUAUAUAGUCCUAAUGAGACUUGGCUUCUUUGAAAACCCAAAGUCACUUCCAUUUGCAAACCUUGGUCCAUCUGAUGUAUGCACUAAAGAAAAUCAGCAAUUGGCUCUAGAAGCUGCGAAGCAAGGAAUAGUUUUGCUUGAAAACAACAAAGGAGCUCUUCCUUUAUCAAAAACUAAGAUAAAAAAUUUGGCUGUGAUUGGACCGAAUGCAAAUGCCACCACAGUUAUGAUUAGUAACUAUGCCGGCAUACCAUGCCGCUAUUCAAGCCCUUUACAAGGACUGCAGAAGUACAUUUCUUCUGUAACUUACGCGCGUGGUUGCAGUGAUGUUAAAUGCAGUAAUCAGAACCUUUUUGCAGCAGCAGUUAAGGCUGCAGCCUCUGCUGAUGCAGUGGUGUUGGUUGUUGGAUUGGACCAAUCUAUAGAAGCAGAAGGGCUGGAUAGAGUUAACUUGACAUUGCCUGGAUUUCAAGAGAAGCUGGUGAAAGACGUGGCUGCUGCUACUAAAGGAACAUUGAUUUUAGUCAUAAUGGCAGCAGGCCCAAUUGACAUUUCUUUCACUAAAAGUGUAAGCAACAUAGGAGGGAUAUUAUGGGUAGGUUAUCCUGGUCAAGAUGGAGGAAAUGCCAUAGCACAAGUAAUAUUUGGAGACUAUAACCCAGGUGGUAGGUCCCCGUUUACAUGGUAUCCACAAUCAUAUGUCGAUCAAGUUCCAAUGACAGACAUGAACAUGAGAGCCAAUAGCAGUAGAAAUUUCCCUGGAAGAACAUACAGGUUUUACAAUGGGAAAUCCCUCUAUGAAUUUGGCUAUGGAUUAAGCUACUCCACAUUCUCCACCCACAUAGCAUCUGCUCCUUCCACCAUAAUGCUCCAGAAAAACACAUCCAUUUCAAAACCACUUAAUAAUAUCUUCCUUGAUGAUCAAGUAAUUGAUAUCUCCACCAUAAGUUGUUUCAAUUUGACAUUUUCGCUUGUGAUUGGUGUGAAGAACAAUGGACCUUUUGAUGGAUCUCAUGUGGUGUUAGUGUUUUUGGAGCCACCAAGUUCAGAGGCAGUGAGUGGUGUUCCAUUGAAACAAUUGAUAGGAUUUGAAAGAGCACAAGUUAAGGUUGGGAAGACAGAGUUUGUGACAGUAAAAAUUGAUAUAUGCAAAAUGCUAAGUAAUGUUGAUAGUGAUGGUAAAAGAAAGUUGGUGAUUGGACAGCACAAUAUUCUGGUGGGAACUUCUAGUGAAAAACAAGUUACACACCACAUUGAUAUUACAAAUGGAGAAGAAUUUAUGUCUGAGUGAAAUUAAUUAGUAAACUAUGCUAGAAUUUAUAACCAUAACUAUAGUAUAUUGGUAUCCACUAGCUACUGUUAUAAUGUAGCAGUAAAAUAAAGUUGUUUGAGUAUGGUGGUAACAUUACUAUGUGGUAGUGUAAGGGGCCCUAUGCAAGGCUUAAUUGAUUUUAAACUAAUAUAUGUAUUUAUAGAAAAAU